AUGGAGAACCUACGCACCAUAUUCAGGCGCGAUGACGAUGAGAAGAAUGGUAGCAGCGACUUGAACCCUAAGCUCGUCAACCUCCUGAUCGCGCUCCUUGCCAUCAUCCUCUUCGCCAUCACGCUCGUCGGUGUUCUGAUGUUCCUCCGACGUAGACGUCGCAUCCAGAAACGUCAGUCUGAACUCCCGUUGUACGACAAGUCUGCCAACCACCGCCGUCUCACCAUCACCACUACUUCCUACGGCCAGUGCGUGGUCGACGAGAAGCGUGGCCUGGUCGAUUCCUCGUCCAGCCGGCCAUCGAGCCCUGUCCCGGAAAUCCACAUCACCUUCCCUGAAGAGGAAGAUGCUGCUGGCAAGCGCACGUCUGGCCGCGUCGUUGUCGUCAGGAUAGGCGAGAAGGGUGGCAUCGGACUUGAGCCAUGCAACGAGGACCUGCCACCAUAUCAAUCCAAUGGCGCCGAACGAUUCCAGUCCCUAGACCUCGACAGGAUGGGAGGCCUUAAGGAAAAGGGAGAUCUUAAACAGUAUUCAUAG